AUGUUAUGGGCCAACGUCGCCCUUUUUGCGGCUGCGGCAUUCUUCAUCUGGCCAAAAGGCAAGUCGCCAAACUACACAAAGUGGUCGUUGGCGCUCCUACUAACCGUGCUCCUGGCGCUUUUCGUCACCAUGACUCCCUUGAAGGCCCGCCAGAGCGCUCCCUUCCAUCGGUACUCGGAUGCCGAUAUCGCUUUUUCCGGCUGUAGUAUUCACGUUCGGCCGUUGAAUUUCUGCGACUUGGAAGACAUGUAUGGGCCUGGUUCUGAAGAGUGUAUGUGCGAGAACUUCAAUGCUUUGGCGAUGCUUUCCCACUGUUAUCGCACUGUGUACCCUGAUUUCGUUGAUAAUUACGUGCAAAGAUGCAAUGAGAAAGUGCAUGUGCUGCUCACGAGGGAAAAGUUCGAUCAUGCCAACGAGUAUUACGAGGAAGCUGCUCAGAACGAAACGCAAGCAAAAGACACAAAUGCAGCAUCAGAGGCUCAGGCACUAGAUUACCCACUCAGGCUUGAUGAUGAGAUGCUCUUCAGAUAUAGAGACUCUUACGAUCAGUUUUUGGGCAAUUACAAUCGCUCUGUCAGCUACGGGUUCUACUUGGUUGGGUUUUGGGUGGUGUUCUUCACAGCGGUGGGGUUGAUCAACUGGCUGAAGAUAUGGCUUCCGUCUCUAAAUAAAAGAGCCAACAAUCAGGCAAUCAACUGGGUCAGAAAAAACAUAACUCUUCCUGCCACAUUCGGCAAGUACAAGACCAACGAGAAGCAGUUUCUCAAGGUGCUAGAUUUUUUAUCUCCUUCAAGACUCGAAACAGUCACACUCAUUGCAUUCACUAUCCUCACCUACUAUCUCCUUAACCUCGAUAUUCAUGUCAUGGAAGACGAUCCGCUUUUGAGCACUAAAGAACGGGCAUAUGCCAAAUAUUACGCCGCUCGGUCAGGUAUUUUGGCUAGUUACUUGUUCCCAUUUUGCAUCUUGUUUGCUGGAAGGAACAACAUCUUGCAGUGGCUUGUGCGGUGGGAGUAUGCUGCCUUUGUGACACUUCACAGGUGGAUCUCUCGUAUCAUGAUGGUGCUUUUAAUCAUUCAUGCCAACGGCUACGCUUAUUUAAUCAAAGAUAAGCCCCAAUUUCUGUUCACCGCUUAUUUGAUUUGGGGCAUUGCUGCUUAUAUGUGUGGGAUCAUCAUCUUAAUUCAGGGUCUCUUGGUUUUGAGACGUCGCUGGUAUGAGACAUUCCUCAUUCUCCACAUUGUUCUUGCAUUGGUUUUUGCAGUUGGUGCCUGGUUUCAUGUCGAUGACCUUUAUUUCCUCUGGUACUAUUAUUUCUCCGCUUGGCUUUGGGCAGUGGACAGAAUCUUGCGAAUCCAGCGUCUUGCUUACUUUGGGUUUCCAGUGGCCAAAGUGCAAUUGUUUGAGGAUGAGACUCUCAAGAUUGUCGUUCCACUUCCAGCAAACUUCAAGCCUGAGGGUGGUGGCCAUUGCUUUGUUCACUUCCUCCGCCUCUCGUGCUUCUGGCAAUCGCAUCCCUUCACGUAUACAAUUGUCGAGGGUAACAUUAUUUUCUAUGCCAAAGUCAAAACCGGGGUAACUCAAGAUUUAGCAACGUAUCUUGAGAAUAAUCCAGACAAGACGGCCAAUAUUAGAGUUGCGGUUGAGGGUUCUUAUGGUGAAGCAACCCCAGCAUACAAGCAUGACAAGAGCGUCUUCCUAGCAGGAGGAAAUGGUAUUCCAGGAAUCCUUGCCGAGGCUUUUGAUGUCAUCGACAAACAUGAUCGCUUUGGUAAACGUAAGGUGCACAUCAUUUGGGUUGUGAGAGAAUAUCACUCAAUUCUUUGGUUUUUCGACGAGCUCAUGAUGGCCAAACAAUACCCCUUUGAGUUCGAUAUUUAUGUCACUAGACCGCUGCCGAUGUUGAUAAAUCCAAAUGAUAAGCUGCCUUUGCUACUAAGCACAUAUUCCCAUUACAGCGUCUUGCACCAGUUCAAAGAUCCUAUUGGAAAGCUCAAGGAGGAUUUGAGCCAUAUCAGAUUCCACGAUGGUAGGCCGAAUGUGCAAAAGAUUGUGGAAGAGAGCGUGGAAAGCAGCUCCGGAAGCUGCUGUUUUGUUACUUGCGGGCAUCCAGUCAUGGUCGAUGAUCUUCGUCAUGAGGUGGUUCAAGUGAUUGACAGUGGCAAGGUGAGAGUGGACUAUUAUGAACAGCUUCAAGUGUGGUCUUGA